CUUCCUGGAAUCCAAGUACAAUCCUAAACAGGUUCGAGAUAAAUUUUCUUUUAUAAAUAUAAAUUAUAUAUAAUAAAAUAUUGAAAAAUUAUAGUCAUAAAUUUAAACAGCUUUAUUAAUCUGAAUCUGCAAUUUCAUGAAAAAUAAUGAAAAUAACAACAAAAGAACAAAUAAUAAAAUAUCUUUUUACAUCCCUAGAUAUCCCUUCUCCUCUCGUUUCUGUCUCUCCAAUUCGCUAGACAUUAGCUUCUUGGGUUUGGGUCUGUUAUUUGUACUUUCAACGGUCAUAACUCUAAAGAGAGGAUAAAACCUCUCUGCAAAACAUUUCGCUUUAAACCCUAAACCUAACUUCCAAUAUAAUGUCCUAUGCUUUGCAAUUACCUGCCCCUACGUUUGUUGUUGAAUACUCAACGAAAUUAAGGAGAACGAGAGCUCGCAAUUUACAGACUCUCUGCUCAUCUUCUUCAUCUUCUGCUGAGCAAUCCAAUUCUGGAGAAGGGGAACCAGAAGAAGAUUCUGAAAACAGAAGAGGUGAAGGUCAGCAGCAUGUGAUUUUAGUGGAAAGAUAUGGAAAUGGCACUUCAAAGAGGUACAUACUUGAUGAUAAAUUGCAAUUAAGAACUUCCCUUAAGGAACACGGGUCUGAAACUAAUGGAUUCCAAGGCUCACAUAUUUCAGAUAUUCCUGAUAUCAUCAAAGAUUUUAUUUUACCUGCGGGCUUCCCAGGGUCAGUUUCAGAUGAUUACCUGGAAUACAUGUUGUUACAAUUUCCAACAAAUGUUACUGGAUGGAUUUGUCAUACAUUGGUCACAACAAGUCUCUUAAAGGCUGUUGGUGUGGGCUCUUUCUCUGGAACUACUGCUGCCGCUUCUGCUGCUGCUUCUGCUGCUGCCAUCAGAUGGGUGUCAAAGGAUGGCAUUGGUGCUGUAGGACGCUUCAUCAUCGGUGGGCGAUUUGGCAAUAUUUUUGAUGAUGACCCAAAACAAUGGCGCAUGUAUGCAGACUUCAUUGGCAGUGCAGGAAGCAUCUUUGAUCUCUGUACACCAUUAUAUCCUUCCUAUUUCCUUCCACUGGCAUCACUUGGAAAUCUCACCAAGGCUGUGGCAAGGGGACUGAAAGAUCCGUCAUUUCGUGUGAUUCAAAACCAUUUUGCAAUCUCGGGAAAUCUGGGAGAAGUAGCAGCAAAGGAGGAAGUUUGGGAAGUAGCUGCUCAACUACUUGGCCUUGCUCUGGGUGUAUUGAUACUGGCUACACCUGGCAUUGUAGCAUCAUAUCCAUUGUUAGCAUUGACAUGGAUGACCAUGCGGCUAGGGCACCUCUGGUUACGCUAUCAAUCUCUUUCAGUUCUCCAAUUUAACACUAUAAACCUAACGCGUGCUCGUAUGCUGGUAAAAUCACAUGUUUUAAACUCUACUGUUCCAGGAUGUCUUGAUUGCAAUAGAAUGGAAAAUAUAUUAUCAUGGCAAAAAUUCUUAGUACCACGGAUCAUUUUUGGUGUGUCAUUGGAAGAGAUAUUUUCUAGGGAGAGAUCCAUCUCAAUGGUGAAGGGCCUUCUCAGAUUAUAUGCAAAGGAGAAAUAUGUUCUUGUGGUGAACCAGCAGCAAAAAAUGGACUUUGAGGUCUUCGUGUGUUUCAAGGUAGGAGCUACAAGUGUGUCGGUUUUGCGAAGCGUAUGGCAGACUUAUUGGCUCCAUCAUAAUUGGCUCAGUAACGCUGAUGCCUUUGAUCAGCUUCAGAAAAGUUUAAUGGAAUUGGAAGAUGGGUUCCAAAAUUUCAUGCAACUACUGGAAGGAGCCGGAUGGGAUACAGAUCAAAUUAACCUGAAGGUCCCCAGGGAGCUUUCCAUUGAGGAAAUUGGUACUGUAUGAUCAUGGCCUUAUUCAAUGUCAUGGUUGAUAUGAUCCUAUAACGCCCUAAAGUUCCUCUAAAAUAUGGUCUAUCAACCAAGAGAACCACGCAAGUGUUGCAUCCUUUGCCGGAAUUGGUUGCUGGUCCGGCUGAGGGGAUGUGCUGACACACCAGUUCCAUCUGUUAUUGAAGAGGGAAACCUGUGGUGGUUGGUGGACUGUUUGGUUGCAGGAAGUUCUGACUGGAAUCCCUUCACCCAAAGAUUGCUGGUGGAGGAAAGGGCUUAGUUCACGUCCAUAUUACCCAUAACAUAAGUAUUUUUAUUUAUAUUCAAAGAUUUGACUUCUGAUAGAAGUUCUUUACAUUUAUUAUUAUUAUUAUUAUUUUCUAAGUCCCUACCCUUCUUGUUU